AUGCCAACAUUCUGUAUUAGUCAUUUCCGUUUCCACGCUUGUCGAAGGUUUGUCUCGCUCCAACGGCGGCUAACCUCAAACCAACUUGAAAGAAUGGCCUCGGGAAGUUGCUUAUCGGUUUUCAAGGCUGAUGGUUAUGCUGUUUAUGUUUUAUUUCUUCUCCUCGGUACCUAUUUGCUGAACCAACUGGAUCGAUACACUCUUGCAGUUUCUUCACAACCUAUGGCGCAAGACAUACACUUCGGUGAUAAAGGAUGCUUGCCUUACAACUCCACAUUUUCCUCGGAAUACAAAGACUUCUGUGUGAAAAGUGAAAAGGGCAGCGGUGAACCAGAGAGAAACAAAACGACGUAAGUUAUCUUCCUAAUUCAAAUAUUUGGUUGGAGUCGUGCCAUAUCUGAAAUAGGUUAGCAAGUCUCCUCAGAAUGAAUCAUUCUUAGACUGUCAGAGAAGCUUUAGGUUAAUGAAAAUUUUUUAGUAUGAGUGACUAUGUGGUAAGUCCUAUUAUGAUGGAAACAAGCAGUGCUCGACCCAGAGACCCAGAGAAUGGUUCUUUUUCUCAUUUUAAAUAUCACCCGAUAAAGUUACGUAAUCUUAAUGUAUGUGUUUCGUAAUUCAGAAUAGUAGAGCUGUCAUGUCCCAUUUUAGUUUGAAAAUGCAUAUAGGCAAGAGUGUAGGGCGCAAAGUCUUAUUUGUGCGGUCAGAUUUGAUAUGCGAUUGAUUCGCUCACAGAAACAUCGUCCAUUACGUUUAUAUGAAGCUUAAGCGAUAUAAUUUUUGCCGAAUGGAGCAUUUCAUAAUCUUCUCAUUUGUAUUUAACAAAUAGAUUCUAAGUUGCCGUGCGUCUGUUCAGUAAUAGAUCACAGAUGACGUCAAAAUGCGGUAAGAAUGUCACUGAUGUUCUAACCACAUUUUGACAUCCUCUGUGAUCCAUUACUGAACAGACACAAGGCAACUUGGAAUCUAUUUGUUUUAUAUAAUAAAGAAUUUAAAAAAAGUUUUAAUGAUGACAUCAUCUAUAUGUCUGUCCUCCAAUAGAUCAUAAGUGAGAACCAAUCAGAAUGCAUGCAUAACUGAGCUUAUUAUAUAAAUAUAUAUAGUUUACAAUGGUUAUGCUUCAAAUAGCACAUUAAUUUUUUUUCAGGCAAAGGUCUACGCUAUCCUUAAGAAAUGGAAAAAAAUAUUUAUUAAAUGGUAUUCCAAUUUUAGUCUGUUGAGCAGAAGGCAAACACCUUUCUUUCCAUUUGAGCACUUUUUAAUUCAGUCUCUCAAGGCCAAGGUCAAAGUAAUCACAAUGGCAGACCCAAGGGAAGGAAAACAUCAGAAAAAGCUAACACAAACUCAAAUGGACAUGUUAUUGGUUACAGUUUUUUAUUUGAUUGGUUUGUAGGGUGCUGCAAGAAUUUCUUGGCAAAUAAGAAAACAGACAAAGUAAAUCCCUUGAAAUCAAAUAAAUGAUAAGUUUACUCAAGUUAAAGUUUUCUGCAGUGGAACACUAUUCUGGUGCAUUCACAAUUUUUCUGAAAUACUUUCAUUUGCCAUUUGUUUUUCAGAUGUGAAUCAAAAACCCCUCACAAUUCCACCCAACAUGUGUGCACUUGGGAUUAUGAUGGAACAGGAAGUGACUAUCAGAUCCUUGCAGGUCCAGUUUUUAUCCUGGUGUACACAAUCAGUGGGGUUCCACUUGGAUUUUGUGCAGGAGUUUUUCACAGAAGAAACCUCAUUGUUUUCUGUCUUUUACUGUGGAGCACCAUGACAUUACUGACAGGUUUUGCCACCAAAUAUUGGCACUUAGUUGUGCUAAGAUUUAUUCUUGGCAUUGGGUGAGUAGAAUAAAAGAAAAAGUAGACUGUAUCUCUUCCUCUUUGCCUAUAGGGUCAUGAUCCCCAACAGGUUACUGACCCUUGCCCAAAUGUCUCAGCAUAAUUUUCUGUCGGCAAUGUGAAUAAGACCCUUUUCAUGGGUGUUAUAUUUUUUCUCUACACAUAUGAGCAAUCCUUUUUAGAUACUGCAUGGCUAUAAAAAUGGCUCUUGUUCACUUCAGAAUUUAAAGUCUUGAAUAGUCUCCUUUUAACUUUCCCUUUAUUUUUGUUCUAAUGCACACCACAAGUUUUUUAAUUUUUUGUAUUUUACAGAGAGGCUGGAUGCACUCCAUUUGCCACCAGUUUGAUUGCUGAUUAUUUUCCUGAGGUUGGUAUAUUUCACAAACAGAUAGUGGUUUGGUGUGGUCCGUACUUUAUCAACAACAAUGUUCAUCAUCACAGUGGUCAAAAUGUUGUGGACCUACUCAGCUGUGCCUCAUGAGUCCCAAAUAGCUUAUCAAAACAUUUAUUAUGAUGUAAAAACUUCGUGUAUUUUUCUGUUAAGUAUGUAUGCAAGUCUGACAGCCUGUAUUCUUCCUGCCCACAUCUAAGGUCCCAUGGUGAGGGGUACCACUACUCUUUAGGAAUAAGCAACACAAUUCAUGGUGCCAUUCUUUCUUUCCCUUCAUCGCCAUAUUUUGUAAGAAGUUUUUGUUUGUUUUGCCAGUUUUCUAAGUCACUUGGACACAGACCUUUAUAAAAGUUUGAAUUUUUGAUCAAAUCAAUUAAACAAACAUAAAUUAAUAUGUCCUGUAUUGAUAUUUUAGACAUUACGAGGAUCUGCUUUUGGUGUAUAUAACUGGGGAAUCUACAUUGGUUACAGCAUGGCAUAUGCCUUUGGUAACUUCAUUACACAAGCUAAUAUUGAUGGCAAAGGGUGGAGGUGGGUAUUCUGGAUUGCAGCUGCACCUGGGUUUGUGCUUGGAUUUCUCAUGCUGCUAACAAUGAAGGAGCCUAAAAGAAGUGAGACGUCAAACACACAGGUAUUGUAAUGUUAAGGUGAAAGAUGAAAUUUAUUUAAUAGUGUAGUGUGAUCGUCCAGGUGAGUGUAGUCCUGGGAAGGACUGUUGUCAGUAGUGGUGACUGACAUUUUGACAACCUGAGCAGAAGUCAUCAUCAGAGACAAGUGAAAGGUUGUUGUUAGUCAAAUGUACUCAGUCCAGUUUGUGUACACUGACUCCAGUGGCAUAGGUCAGUCGUGAUUGGUUGGUUUGGAUCCGUUAGUGAAGUUAGGUCGUUCUGUUCAGUUCAUUUGUAAUGUUAAUACUAAUGUCGUGGAUUCAUCCACCUCAUCCAUCAUACCAACAACAGUCCUUCUCAGGACUACACUCACCUGGACAAUCAAACUACAAUAUUACAUGUAACCCCCGGGUUCAAACCAUUUACUGUAUGAAAUUUAUUGGUACAUGACAUUGGCACAUAAGGCAGACUUGAUAAUCAUACACCACUAUUUGGGGGAAUGAAAACUGAACUUAACUGAGCAACAGACAUCAAGUGCAAGGUGUACAUGGGAAUAGAUAGAGAAAGUAUAUUGCAUAAUAAUCUCUCAAAUAAGCAAUUAUUGCUUAUUUGAGAGAUGCGUUGGACUGGUAUGUAUUUGACUCUUUCCAGGCAAUUGUCACUCACCCACAGCGAGAGUUACUCAGAGAGAAGUUCCUUCUGUUAUGCAGAACAUUUAUGCGUCCCUCCCUGCUCAUCUUGUUUGUUGCUGGCUCUAUAAGGAAUGCCGGAGGCUAUGUUUGGGCAUACAACACACAGCCUUACUUCAACAAGUAUUACCCUAACACUAACGUGGGAGAAUAUAUGAGCUGGAUCCCUCUUGUAGGAGGAAGCUUUGGAGUAGUCCUGGGUGGAUUCAUCUCUGAUCGUGUGAUUAAAAACCGAGGCUUUUAUGCCAGAGUUUGGGUCCUGUUAUUCAGCCAGGUGAGUGGGAAGGAUACAGAUUAUGAAGGAACAAGACAGGGGAGACAGAGUUUAAUCUGAAUGCAAACUUAUAGUUAGUGGUUACCAGACCUUAUCCCUGGUUCUGUGGCAUUACUGGCCCUUUAACUCUCAAGAUCCAAUAGAACAUUCUCCCCUUUAAUUGCUGCACAUUUCAUUGUAAAUUGGUUAUGAGAGUUUGGUGUCUGAUCAAGGAAACAACUCCUACCUAGUGAGUUUGAGUAUUCUCAUGGACUGUUUGCUGUAUAAUGUAUGGAUAUUAGAGGGAAAGGUUAGAUGUUAAUCACUUCUGGGAGUUGAAGGAUUCAGCGAAUAAGAAUUGGAUGAAAGACUAUCAUGGUAGCCUCCCAGCCUCCUCUUGAAUUUCAACAACCGUUAGCUGGUACCCAUUUGUCUGUCCUAAUGGAGAGGGAGAGAGUCAUGGUAAGAGUGAAAUGUUCUAUUCAAGAAUGCUUCACAUUGACCCUGCCAGGCCCCACAUCUGGAGUACAAUGUGCUAACAAUGAAACCUCCCGUUUCUCCAACAUUCAAAGGGAAGGUGAACACGCCAAGGGCAGGGGUCAAUCUGCUACCAUCGUUCGAUAGCCUUGAAAGCCCCCCCUCCCCCAUCCUCUCAGAGAUGUCAUGUUUCCUCACUCCUUUUCAAUGUUUGACUUUUUCAUCUUUUUCUUUCAGAUAAUCGCUGCCCCAUUUGCUGCAGGAGCCUUAUUCUUAAAGCCUCCCUGGGCCUUCAUUAGUCUCAUUCCCUCAAAUAUCAUUGGUGAGAUGUGGGUGGGGGUAACACUCACUGUUGUAGUUGAACUUGUACCAAACACCAUCCGUUCACCGGCAGUAGCAGGUUAUUUGUUCAUCAUCAGCAUCAUUGGUGGUAAUGUGCCACUUCUCGUCCCACCUCUGAAGGAAGUCACCAGUCUGCGGACCGCUCUGUACAUUCUCUAUCCUGGUCUAUACCUUCUCAGCUCUGUGUUCUUUCUGUUGACUUUGUCCUCGUUGAAACGCGAUAUGAGACGAGCUAAGGAGGAAGAGGAAGUGAUAAAGCCAUUACUGCCUGAGACAUCCACUGAACAUGGAGGAAAAACCCUAUGAUAAUAUGGGGAAUGGGAAUCGGAUGAAUUAGCAACCGUCGUGUUUCAGAGGCACGAGAUAAAUGCGUUUAAUGUUUACAGUAGUAUGAACUUUUAGCUUAACACUUUUAUUUAAACAAAGAAGAGAAGUCGAGAUAUUUUUGUGAUACUUGUCUAGCUGAAGAUACAAGCAUUAGAAAUAACAUAUUGACUGAAAACGGCUUCAAAAUAGGCUAAAAUCUAUUUAAUUUUAUAAGAAAACUCGCCUCAUUCCAUCUAAUUUUAAUUGGAUGGAAUGGCGCGAAAUUUAAAAAUCGCAACCUGGCUCGCUCGUUUUUUCUGGCGCUUUGGGCAGUUUGGUUGUUUGGGUUGCGCUAUUUAUGUCGUGCAUCAAAAAAGAGAAAAGUUAACUUAAUUAUUUUGUGCUAAUCAUGUCAUAAAACUAGGGUAUCGCAAUAUGUUGCGAUGGAAUCAACCCGCCAUUGACGCACCGUCCAAACAAAGUAUUGUGAGCUCGUCUAGCAAGUUUAUUGGUUCAUGUCCUCCGUGAGGACUUCGUCGCUAUCGUCUGUCGAGGCUAGAGAGGUCGUCAGGGAAUUUUUCUACCAUUUAGAAGUUAAAACAUGUUUUGUGUACCGCUCCUUCACUAACAACGCACACACCGCUAGCUAAAGGCCUAUCACGAAUUUACCACCAGAGCGUUUAUUUCAGAAUGGCUAGUUUUGCCGACGGAGGUAAAAAUUGCGCAAAACAUUUGCACCAAUCAUCUUUAAUUGCUACUCUUGUUUUGGCCUUAUGAUUGCUCUUUUGACUAAGGUUGAAAGGAUCAGCAAGUUAUUUUUACUUUCUGCGUCAAACACUCAAAUAGCUCUUUAACUAAUCUAAGAAAAAUUGAUUUAACCUAUCACUUGUUCAUGAAACGAGUAAAAUUUGCUUUUACAACACUCUUUAGGUGUCAUGCAUCAUUUCUUUCGUUAUCAUCAAUUAAUACCGUUCCUUAAAUUUUGCC